AUGAUACAAAUGCAGCACACACAGAGUCACGGAUGUGUCGUGUGUGGCUCAAGUCAGAACGGAGACAGCAUCUUGUUGUGUGACGGCUGUGACGGAGAGUACCACACGUACUGUCUUGUACCACCACUCACUGAGAUCCCAGCAGGAGAUUUCUAUUGCAAGACAUGUACAGACACUAAUGUUACUAAGCAGCAUAUGGCCACAGCUGGUGCUAUAGUCGCUGCAUCAGGUACAGCCGCAAUAGCUCCGGACACGUCUCCGUCUCAAGCUGAAGAUCUAUUUACUUUUGCUGAUACUGUCACGGACACGCCUGAUAUCCUCAUGAAGGAUUCCAAGUACAGGGGGGUGGCUAAAGUGUCAAUGAAGGGCGUCAAAAAGCCGUUUGUGGCCAAGCUUUGGCAAGGAUCCAAGUACCUUCAGUUAGGAACCUUUGGUAGUGAAAUUGAAGCAGCUCAUGCCUAUGACAAGGCCGCACUCAUGCAUUAUGGCACAAGUGCGCAACUCAACUUUCCUCACCUUCACGAUAGCUUUGUUCAACCGGAGGUGGCUUUCGGCGUUCGUCAGCAAACUCCAAAUGCUGCAACAGAAACUAGCGUCACGUCGUCACCUGUCCGUCCUUCAUCUGUGGAUUAUUCUACUUCUCCUGGACGUGGACGAGGUAGAUGUCGCGGGCGUGGACGAGGUCGAGGACGUGGCAAACGCUUGCACGGAUCACCUGAUGUGCACGCCACCGAUGUGCAAUUUGAAGCGAAGCGUCGUAAGACGGAGUUCAGCGAGAAGGCUUUGAGUGUGUCAGCUAAAAAAUAUCUCGGUGUCCAGGUACAUCGCGUGUAUGCGCACGCACAGAUUCACGUAAACGGAAAGGUCGUCAAUUUGGGCACAUUUUCCACAGCCGAAGAAGCCGCUAUGGCAUAUGACAAGGCAGCUUUGAAAUACUUUGGAGGCCCGACCGACUGCAGUAAUGCUCACCCUGACGAGAUUGUUCUCAAUUUCCCGGAGAAACGCGAUGUGUUGCUGAAGCAGUUACUUGAAGAGGAAAAACAGACAUCGGCUCAACAGGGGGCUAUGGUUGGCGGAUCAAGCUAUGCUAGCCGCAGUGUUCAAAAUGCCAAGUACAACUUGUUGAUUAUGAAGCUUAACGCUUGGUUGUCAAAGCUUCAGCGAUCAGUGAAAAUGGUUGAGGCUUCACAGCGAGUGCAAUGGGGUUUGCAUUCGAUGUCCGCGAAAAGCAAUGAUGAAGAGGGUAGUACACAAAUGGACGAUGCUACAAGCGUUUUGUCUUUAGUGAAAACGGAAAUCUUUGGUUCUGGUCCCACGAUCAAGAAGGAAUUCACAACGCGUGAUCAGAAACUGAGACAGAGUAACAAGGAGAUCCAGAAUGCAGUUUUGAUGAUGAUCGAAGAACUGAAGCUAUACGUUGCUGACGCACCGGUAGAUCCACUUUUCCAGCCUCCACCACGGUGUGCUCCUAUCCUCGAUUUAUUGUCUACUUCUCGGCACCUGAAGUUGAUUAGUGCUAUUAAUGAUCUUGCGCACCUCAAGGUAAGAGUUGAUGGGAGGGAUCCGAACUCGGUAGUCGAUGGACGAUUUGAAAGCAAGCUGCGAGCUGUUGUCGAUUAUCGUGCCCGACUCCAAAUGUCGAGCAGUAACGAGAAGCAGAAAUUGGCGCAUUUUAUGCGUGAUGUGAAGACUGGAUCUUCGCCUGGCAUGAAUAGUACAUCUCCUGUUAUCGUUGGUGGCAAUACUGUCGCCGCCAAUGCGGAGCGUAGGCUUCAUACGUGUAAAGAAUUUGGCCUUCUGAGAAAUGCAAAGUACGUAAAGCGGAAAGUGCUACUUUCGAAGCCAGGUACACAAAUUAGUGGGGGACAAAUCGACUCAUCUAAGCAUUUGAUCCAAGCAAAUGAAGAGAUGAAAGAAGAAGAACCUGAUGGUAGUUUAGGUGAUGCAGAACUUGUGACGGCUACCGAUGUAAUAAUGGAAGUGACAGGUGCAGAAAAACAAGAAGAAGAAAUGAUCGGAUGCUCGGCCGUUAUUGCAUUAGCGGAAGCCGGCAAAGAUGAAGCUGGUGCUGCUUCAGUAACGGUUUGCAAGAGUGCGAAGCUUGACAACAAUAUGGAUGUUGAAGAGUCAGGCACCGAUACUGACGCUGUGUCACAAGUUGCGAAUAUGAAUAGAUCCACUGAAAAGGAAACGAACAAGGUUGCGGAUCUUUUGAAAACGGCAGUCGACAAAGCCGAAACAGAGGAGGGAAAACCUAAGGACGAUAAGUUGGAAACAAGCAAACCUGAGAAAGAAACGAUUGGAACAGAAAAAUCAAAGGAAGUCAAGGCUGAGAAACAUGAAGAUGAGUCAGAAGCAAGAAAAUCUGAGAAGGCCGACACAAAGUAUGUUGACGAAAGUGCUGAAAGUGAAAACAUUACGGAUGACAACUAUCAAGAGGAUCCAUCGUCCGACAGCAAGGCAGCUUGCUUUGAGGGUGAGCCUAGCAUGGCGGUGUGUGAUGACGAUGUGAGUAGGAAAAGUGCUGGUGAUGCUUCAUCAUCAUCCACAGCAAUUGUUUCCGGAGAUGAGUUUGAAUGGGAGUUUUGUUUGGCCAUUCGCACCGAAGACAAAUGGCGAUUGCUUCCUCUAUCAAGUAAGACUCGGGUGACGAGUGAAAUUGUUGAUGAUGUCAAUUUAACGGAGAAUGAGGUACCAAAAAUGGAGGUUUCAGUGGAAGAAGUAUGCUCAUCUUCUCUGACCGAUGAGAAGACUGCGUGGAUGGAGCACUUGCGCCAGCUACAUGUUGAAGAAGGCCAAGUGCGACAGCAUAUCCAGCGUGAAACUAAUCGCCAACAUGCGUUGGAGGGGAUUAUAAAAAUUGAGCAAGACCGGUUGAAUGAAAACUCGGCUGUGUAUCGCGAAGCCAUGGAUAGACUUGACAUGGAAACCUUGUUAGCGUUAAAGAACCAUGAACGUGUGGGCCAGGAUGCUCAGCUAGUAGAACUGAUGCACCAUUCAUUUGACCCGAUCCUACACGACCUGCUCGACAAAUGCGAAGAGGCUUUGUUAAACUGUUUCCAAAAAUUGUCUCGUCGGUUUGAGGACUUUGCUCAAGAGUUCGAGUACUACCGGAAUUCGCUGCUUACUUUGACACAAUCACCAGGGAAAGAGCUCACGACAGGUGAUGGACAAGUUAGUCCGGUUGAUGCUGCGGCUUCUAAUUUGGACGAUAACAGUGCAGUCGUUAAGCGUGAAAACAUUGCUCGAGUUGCAGACACAAUUUCGACUGUAUCCGAUGUGUUGGAACAUGCCGACGGUAGUGAAGUAAUUUUUACCGAAGAGAGCGACGGUCUUGAUGAUUUGGACAACAGUUCCAGCUUACGGCAAGCCUAUGUCACCUUUUACAUGGGUGAAAUGAAAGCUCUUUGGAAAGAGAGGAGUUCUUCAUUGGAAAUGGUACAAGUUAUUCAGCGCUCGCUGCUGAACUAUACAACUGGAAUAGCUACGCCUUACGAGAACGCCACUUUGUUAGUGGAAACGGCAUUGCCGUCUGAGGCGCCAGAGUCAACAGAUGUCGAGAUGAAGGUGGAAAGCGGGAAUGCUGAGAAAACGACGAAGGAAUCUAUUGCAAUCGCACCAGAAACGGAACAUACAUCUGACACAAGCUUUUGCGUUGCUGAAGGUAAUGCGAUAGACACUCAGAAUGAGACUGAAAGAGGGCCGAAUGAAAACGCUAUGCAGUCAGUCGAUGCAAAGGCAAAGACGGACAAUUCUCCAGUCUUGGCAGCUCAAGGACUUGAAACACUGAAGAUGAAAUCUGCUCCGGUGAGCAGUGAAGUCAACGUAAAAAUAGAGCCGCAGCUAGCUUCCGGGAAGUUCCGGCGGGAACAGGAGCUACGUGAGGCAGUUGAAUCAUGCUUGGCUCAAUGGCAGAGCAUCCAGUGGCCGACGGAGCUAAACUCUACGUUUCUGACACCUACAAGUGUGGCUUUGUCCAACUUGUCUCCAAAGGUCAAGAGCGAGCAGAUAACAUCGCAAUUUUUGGCCGUGACACAUGAGGACAAUACAGAGUCGUACAGCGUCAUGGAGGAGCUGAAACGUGUAAUGAUCGAUUUGACGCAGGAUCAAGCGAUCCCAGUCCCGCCGCCUGUAAAGCCAACGACCUUAGUGAUGUACCAUCCGGUGUUUUUUAACCACCAGACACCAAAGAACCACCCGGAGUGUCCCGAGCGCAUGGAGCGGGUGGUGAACAUCCUGAACUCGCUCGCCAAAAAGCAUCAAGAAACAGUCAAACUCGACCGUCUCUCCAUGUCACCGGAGGAGCUUUGUCCCCCAGAGACGACAUUACUGAUGGUACACUCGCCGACUUAUUUGCGGCAGCUAAUGGAAAGAUCGAUUGAGGCUGGGUCGCAAUCUGCCUCUUCCCCCACAGCAUCUUCUCCCUCAUCCAGAGCUCUUGUGUUCGAGUCCGACUCGGGCAUUCGUGAAGAACCAAAACCCAAGCGUGGGGGUAGAAAGAAUAAAGGACGACCUCCGCUAGUUGGAGCGUUUGGUGCUGCCAGUCUUGAGCAGAAUGGUGUGGAGCUGGACACGUUCGUAAGCAGCAAAUCUUGGGACGUAGCCCGUGCGGCUGCAGGCACAGUAUGUCUGGCUGUCGACCGGGUUGUGCGCAAAGAGUACCACAAUGCUGUGUGCUUAGUGCGUCCUCCAGGGCAUCAUGUUGGACGUCAUGGCCGAACCGAAAAGGCUCCAUCGUCGGGCUUUUGCUUACUAAAUAACGUAGUGAUCGGUGCUACCCAUGCGCGUUUAUACCCCUGGGUUCAUAAGGUCGCAGUGCUUGAUUGGGACAUCCACCAUGGAAACGGCACGGAGGAGUUGCUAAAGGACGACCCGGACGCAUUCUUCGCGUCCAUCCAUCUGUACUCGUCAGGAAAAUACUUUCCGGGAACGGGAAAGUCAUGCGAAACGGGCAACCGAGUAAAUGUGGCGCUGGAAAAUACAGGUGCUGGCAGCGGGUCGCAGGCGUUCCGAUCCGCCCUUGAGUUGAAGGUACUACCAGCAAUGAGGGCGUUCCAACCAGAUAUUAUCUUUAUCUCGGCAGGCUUUGAUGGUCAUCGCGAUGACAUCCUGGGCGGUGUGGCUGCUGUUAACAAUCCUAACGUGCCUGCUGGAUAUGUUGAAGAGGACUUUGCUUGGGCCACACUGGAGACUCUCAAGCUGGCUGCAGAGGUAUGUGAUGGCCGUGUCAUUUCAGUGCUGGAGGGUGGUUACGAUGUCCGCCGGGAGACGAAUUCGUUGGCCAAGUCCGUAGCGGCGCAUGUGGCUGCCAUCUCCGCUUACGAAACAGCUCGGCGAAAGACGGGCGAUAACUUUAUAGCUGAUGUCGAGAUGAAAGAGGGCGCAGGUGAUACAACUGCGACCACAUCAGUUCACGCAUCUUCCAUCAAGAUUGAUCAGUAUAUCAAAAAGGAGCGUGUGAGUCUGCUGGAGAAGCUGUUGUCGGCGGAUGUAACAAAUGAGAAUGCGAUCAUCGUCGACGACGAAGAGAACGAAGAAGAGGGGGAUAGCGAAGGGACCCACGAGGUGCAUGAUGACGGUGACAUUGAGGAUGAAGAAGACUCGGGUGACGAGGAAGAGGAUGAUGAUGUCGAGAUGGAAGAAGCCGAACUUGAUAGUGAAGAACCUUAUGGCCAUAUAGAAAAGAGUAGGCAGGGUACUUCCUUGGUCAUGGAGUUAGACAAUAGGUGA